AUAUUGGGGAAAAAUAUCAGUGAAUUUUUAUAUUAAAAAGAAUAGUUUCUAAAAAGUAAAAUGCCGUCAAGGGAAAAGCUCUUGAUGCAAAAAAUUGCCAAGCGUGAAAAAAUGAAAAAGCAACUAUCGCAAAAGAAGGGCAAAGGAACGCCGGAUUCAGUGGCCAUCAAACAACAAGGAAAGCCAAACCAACAGAAGCUGGCGCCGAAAGGUAAAAAAGCAGACUUACAAUCAGAGCUGCAGCCACAGCGAACAAAGAAACAACUGCACCAAAAGAAGCCCCCAACGAGAAUUGCAAUGGCUAACUCUGAAUCGGAUUCCGACUCUAAGGAGGAAGGAGAGGAAGUCACUUACAGUAGUGAAGAAGAAGACUUUGAAAUGGGCAAUGCAGCUGAUCCAUCUAACUCCCAUGAAAGUGAUGACGAUGAAAGCGAAGAAGAAAUUGAAUCCGUGCCGGCCAAAAAGUCAAAGCUGGGUUCGACUGCAUCCAAGACGAAAGUAGCAAAGGAACCCACAAAAAAUGGCAAAGCUUCCCGUUCCGACUUACAAGAGAAGAAUCAACCGAAAAGUAAACAUCCGCUGAACAAAAAGCAAUCGCAAAUUUCUGUGGCCAACUCAGAUUCGGAUACAGAUUCGAAUGAAGAGGAAGCGGACUUCGAUAACGAUGAAGACGAUGAUGAUUCUGAAGAUGAAGUUGGUAGCGAGGUAGAAGAUGAAAGCGAGCCUACGUCGGCCAAGAAAUCAAAGUCAGAAUUGACCAUGUCCAAAGCAAAGGAAACAAAAGCGCCUAUAACAAAUGGUAACGUCGUUUCCGAUGAUACGCCAUUCACUGUGGAGUCUUCCUUGGCUGCAUUGGACCAACGCGACCCCGAAGACAGAUCAUUUAGUUCACUGAAAGGCGCAGUUUCGGAAGCCACGCUGCGCGCCAUUUCCGAAAUGGGCUUCACUGAAAUGACCGAAAUUCAAGCAAAAUCCUUGACGCCAUUGCUUAAGGGUCGCGAUUUGGUGGGUGCUGCACAAACGGGUUCGGGCAAGACACUUGCUUUCCUCAUACCUGCUGUAGAGCUGAUCAACAAACUCCGAUUUAUGCCGCGCAAUGGCACAGGCGUCAUCAUAAUUUCGCCCACACGUGAAUUGUCCAUGCAGACGUUUGGUGUGCUCAAGGAAUUGAUGACGCAUCAUCACCAUACCUAUGGUUUGGUCAUGGGUGGAUCGAAUCGCCAGGUGGAGAGCGAAAAACUAGGCAGGGGCAUUAACAUCUUGGUGGCUACUCCAGGUCGCCUUUUGGAUCAUUUACAGAAUUCGCCAGAUUUUCUAUACAAGAACCUGCAGUGCCUCAUUAUCGAUGAGGUGGAUAGAAUACUGGAAAUUGGUUUUGAAGAGGAACUCAAGCAGAUCAUCAAUCUGCUACCUAAACGACGUCAGACAAUGCUUUUUUCGGCCACACAGACGGCACGCAUUGAUGCCUUAUCUAAGCUGGCGUUGAAAAAGGAACCGCAUUAUGUAGGUGUGCAUGAUAAUCAGGAGACCGCCACUGUGGACGGACUGGAGCAGGGCUACAUUGUGUGUCCCUCAGACAAACGGCUCCUCGUGCUCUUUACAUUUUUGAAAAAGAAUCGCAAGAAGAAGGUCAUGGUUUUCUUUUCAUCCUGCAUGUCUGUCAAGUAUCACCACGAGCUGUUUAAUUACAUCGACCUGCCUGUCACCUCAAUACAUGGCAAACAGAAGCAAACGAAACGCACCACAACAUUCUUCCAAUUCUGUAAUGCCGAAGCAGGUAUCCUGCUCUGCACGGAUGUGGCUGCUCGUGGACUCGACAUACCACAGGUAGAUUGGAUUGUGCAAUACGAUCCACCAGAUGAUCCGCGCGAAUACAUCCAUCGUGUGGGUCGUACGGCACGUGGCUCCGGGAAUUCCGGACAUGCUUUGUUAAUGCUCCGACCGGAGGAGUUGGGCUUUCUGCGCUAUUUGAAGGCCGCGAAGGUGCCUUUGAAUGAGUUUGAGUUCUCGUGGCAAAAAAUUGCUGACAUACAGUUGCAGCUGGAGAAGCUCAUUUCGAAGAACUACUUCCUCAAUCAAUCUGCAAAGGAGGCAUUUAAGUCGUAUGUACGUGCCUACGACUCCCAUCAGCUAAAACAGAUAUUCAAUGUGAACACACUGGACUUGCAAACGGUAGCUAAGAGUUUUGGCUUUUUGGUGCCACCUGUGGUUGACCUCAAAGUGGGCGCGGCCAAGCGACAGCGUCCAGAGAAACGUGUCGGUGGCGGCGGUUUUGGUUACUACAAAAAAAUGAACGAAGAGACAACAAAGCAGCGUACUUUUAAGCAGGUUAAUCGUGAACAGGCCAUUAAGAAGAAGUUUAUGCGCUAACUGUAGGUUCCGCAAUUCCUUCUCCAUACAUUCGAAUUAAAUCGGAUCGGAAACAAACAGGAGAUACCAAGUUUUGCUUCCCAUUCGGUUGUAUUCGAAGAGACAAUGUAAAUUCAAUAUUAUGUAGAAAUAAAAAGCAUAAACCUAAACUUAAA